GAAAGGCGCUAACCGCUGCAGCUGGCCCUCGGGGUGCGGAGAUGGCGUCGAGGUCCAGGGCUGAGGACUGGGACCGAGCCGUGAGCCCUGGCAGGCGACGCGAAAAGGUUGCCUCCGCGCCCAGCGGGGACGUGGCGGCGGCGGGGACGCUGAAGAGCGGGGCGUCUCCGGUGCGGCCGGUGGUGGCCUCCCCUCGACCAGUGAAGGGUAAAGCGGGCCGGGAGGCGGCCCGGUGGCGGCUGCAGCUCCCGCCCGCGACUCAGGCCCAGGGCCCGGGCGAGGGGGCCGCGGAGGAGGAAGAGGUGCCCCUUCCCUCCGUGCCGGCGGAGGCGGAGGCGCAGCCACUGCCUCCCGUCUGCGUGUCCCCCAUGAGGGGCAUGUGGCGCGACGAAAAGGUGGCGCUCUAUUGCGACCAGGUGCUGCAGGGUUGUAAGGCAGAAGAUGCUGAUGAGGCUAUGAAUAAAUAUCUAUCAGAAAAAUUAAAGUUGAAAGACAAAUGGCUUGGAGUCUGGAAGACUAAUCCUGAGCUAUUCUUUGUGAAAUAUGAAGAAGCUUCUAUCCCUUUUGUUGGUAUACUAGUUGAGGUAACUUGUACACCACGCCAAGGCUCAACAUCUUGUUUCAAAGUUACUGUUUCUGUUGCUGAGCCUUUUUCUUCUAAUAUUGCAAAUAUUCCAAGGGAUUUGGUUGAUGAGAUUCUAGAGGAACUAGAGCAGUGUGUGCCUCUCUUGGAAGUGUACCCUGUUGAAGGACAAGACUCUGCUAUACGCGAUAUUGCUUUGGCCUUAGAAAUUGUAAGGUUUUUUUAUGACUUUCUUUGGAGAGACUGGGAUGAUGAAGGAAGUUCUGAGAAUUAUACAGCUUUGAUUGAAGAAAGAAUUAAUCUGUGGUGUGAUAUGCAGGAUGGAACAAUACCUGGCCCCAUCGCACAACGUUUCAAAAAAACCUUGGAGAAAUAUAAAAACAAGCGUGUCGAGCUCAUCGAGUAUCAGAGCCGUAUUAAAGAAGAUCCCUCUGCAGCAGAGGCUGUUGAAUGCUGGAAAAAAUACUAUGAGAUAGUAAUGCUCUGUGGAUUACUGAAAAUGUGGGAAGAUUUACGCCUCCGAGUCCAUGGACCUUUUUUCCCAAGAAUUCUGAGGCGUAGAAAAGGAAAAAGAGAUUUUGGAAAGACUAUAACCCAUAUUGUGGCGCAAGUGUUGACUACUGACAUGGUAAAGGACUUAUCUUCAGACACAUUUCUCCAACAGCAUGAUGAUUUGGAUUUGGCUUUGGAGAGUUGCUAUAGUGGAGAUACAGUAGUUAUUUUUCCAGGAGAAUAUCAAGCUGUAAAUCUUGCUUUAUUGACAGAUGACAUCAUUAUAAAGGGAGUUGGAAAGAGAGAGGAAAUUAUAAUUACUUCUGAACCUUCUCAUGACAGUUUUGUGGUAUCCAAAGCUGAUAAUGUGAAACUAAUGCAUCUGUCUUUGAUACAACAAGGGACAGUUGAUGGUAUUGUGGUGGUGGAGUCUGGUCACAUGACCGUAGAAAACUGUGUAUUAAAAUGCGAAGGAACAGGAGUGUGUGUGCUUACAGGGGCUGCUCUGACAAUCACAGACAGUGAAAUAACUGGUGCCCAGGGUGCUGGUGUUGAGCUGUAUCCUGGGAGUAUAGCCAUUUUGGAAAGGAACGAAAUUCAUCACUGUAAUAACCUCAGAACCAGUGACAGUUCAGAAAGCACCUUAGGUGGAGUGAAUAUGAAGGUUCUUCCUGCACCCAAACUGAAGAUGACUAAUAAUCAUAUAUACAGCAACAAUGGCUAUGGAAUAAGCAUUAAUCAACCAACAGAACAAUUUUUUAUUGUAGCAGAAGCCCUCAACAAAGGGGCUGCUUCAGGAGACAAAAAAGAUGAAACUAGGCUCUCCAAAGUAAUGCAAAAUCUGAACCUGGAAAUGAAUGAUAAUAAAAUAGAAGCAAACUUAAAGGGGGAUAUGAGAAUCGUCACAAGUUAAAGCAUCUGGGUUUAUUUAUGUUGAAGUUUUGUAUUUCAGAUAGACAGCUGUUUAAUAAAUCUUAUCUCCCACAGAAAUAGUAGUUUUAAAUUCAAAACUUAUUAA